CCCUGAGCGAACGUAGCUCACUGUUGUGCAGGUGUUUUGCAUAAGGGAGCCCCUCGCUUCUGCCUUUAGUGACAGACGCUACCUGAAGUCAUGGCUGACCAGGUAGCUGCCAUGUGUGAGCAGCUAAUCAAAGCUGUGAAUGCGAUGAUGGAUGCAGAAACAAGCCAAAUAUACCGACUGGAGGCCCUAAAGUUUUGUGAAGAGUUUAAAGAGACAAGCUCCUUCUGUGUCCCAUGUGGCAUACAAUUAGCCGACAAAGCACAGCCAGCUGUAGUGAGACACUUUGGUUUGCAAAUCCUGGAACACGUCAUCAAGUUCAGAUGGAACAACAUGCAGCAACAAGAGAAAGUCCAGAUGAAGGAGUGCGCCAUGCAGCUGUUGUCAAAUGGUACUCAUUCCAUCCUAGAGGAGGUGAGCCACAUCAAAGACGUCUUGUCUCGAAUCAUAGUAGAAAUGAUAAAAAGAGAAUGGCCUCAGCACUGGCCAGACAUGCUGAAAGAGAUGGAGGCUCUUACAAGUCAAGGGGAGGCACAGACAGAGCUGGUGAUGUUGAUCCUGUUAAGGCUGGCAGAGGAUGUGAUCACCUUCCAGACACUGCCCACACAGCGACGCAGAGACAUCCAGCAGACGCUCACACAGAACAUGGAGAGCAUCUUCCAGUUCAUGAUGUCCAUUCUGCAAGUCAAUGUCAAAGAAUAUCGCAAACUGAAAGAGUUGCCUGGACGUGAACUACAGGCCAGAGCUCACUGUAGAGUUGCUGUGGCUACUCUAAACACACUGGCAGGCUACAUAGACUGGGUGUCACUGGUGCACAUUACUUCUGGAAACUGUCAUCUGCUGGAGAUCUUGUGUUUGCUGCUGAGUGAACCAGAGCUGCAGCUGGAGGCAGUAGAGUGCUUGCUCAUUGCUAUCAGCAGAAAGGGCAAGCUGGAGGAUAGAAAGCCAUUCAUGUUGCUGUUUGAUGAUGUGGCCAUUCACUACAUACUUUCUGCAGCAAAGUCAGCAGAUGGACUGGCGAUAUGUAAGAAAUCUCCUGAAUCACAAGCUAUGGAGGUGGUGGAGCGGAGUUAUAUCUUCCUGAAGAGGCUGUGUCAGGUCCUGUGUGCUCUGGGAGGCCAGCUCUGCUCAUUAGUGGGUUCAGACGUAGAGGUGGAGACACCUGCAAAUCUCAGCAAAUACAUGGAGGCAGUUUUAGCCUUUACUACACAUUCCAGUCAGUUUUUAAAGUCCUCCACUCUGGCCACUUGGCUGGCUUUGUUCAGACACGAGACUCUGUCCAAAAACGUGGUUGUUGUGGAGAUGGCGAUCAAAUACCUCAAAGUGUCUAUGAUCAACUUAGUCAAGACUGGUUUUCCAUCGAGAGAUGAUAACCCAAGCUGUGUGUACUCCCGUGUGGACUUCGACAGUGAUGAAGACUUCAAUUCAUUCUUCAGUUCUUUUCGAGGGCAGCAGGGGGAGGUGGUGAGAUGUGCAUGUCGCAUUGUUCCUCUGGAGGCUUUCCAGAUUGCAGCAGAAUGGUUGCAGUAUCAAAUUGCCAGCCCUAUUGAUACCGGGGAUACCACUUCUAAGACAGCUGAGGGCCUGUGCUCCCUCCUGUCUCCAUCUGUGGUCCAGUGGGAUGCAAUGACUGUCUUCAUGGAGUGUAUGGUCACGCAGAUCUUCAGGAAUCUGGAGGAGGAGAAGUUGCCCAUCGAUCAGGGCAUGGAAUUGCUGCAGGCUGUGCUGAACUAUGAAACCAAAGAUCCGCUCAUCUUGUCUUGUGUGCUCUCCAACAUCUCUGCCCUCUUCUUAUUUGUCACACGAAGGCCACAGUUUUUUCCACAGGUCCUCUACAAGCUAUUUAAAGCCAUCACAUUUGAGAUUGGUCAGGACAAUAAGGCACCUCGAACCCGAGCUGUGAAGAAUGUGAGGAGACAUGCUUGUUCCUCCAUCAUAAAAAUUUGCCGGGAUUACCCACACAUUCUCUUGCCUAGCUUUGAGAUGUUUUACAAUCACGUGAAGAAAAUGUUCUCCAGUGAUGCAGGGCUCACUUACUUGGAGAAAUGUUCACUAAUGGAGGCUCUGGUGCACAUCAGUAACCAGUUUAAAGACUUUGCAAAGCAGAAGGCCUUUCUGGACGAGCUAAUGGCCUCAGUGGUUGCAGAGUGGACCUCAGAAGACAUGAGACAUGUGCUAUGGGAUCCUGCUGUAUUCCUGUCCUUUGUUGGAGCAGAUCAGGUGGUCAGUGAUCAAAGUAAAGAUCCAGACACAGCAGGCCUGAAUAGGGGGCGGAUUAGCUUCUGUGUAUAUGCCAUGCUGGCAGUGGUAAAGAAAUCCCGUUGGCCUGCAGACCUGGAGGAAGCAAAGGCUGGAGGCUUUGUUGUGGGCUACACCCUGUCUGGAGCUCCCAUCUACAGAAAUCCCUGCACUGCCAUGUUUCUGGCUCUGCUGCCCAACCUCCUGGCUCUGAUCAGGACUCACAACAGUCUCUUCCUGCCAGAGAACAUGGCUCGCCUCAGUGAAACCUUCUCCAGAGCCCACGAGGUGAUGGAUGCAGAGAAGAAUGUUGUUCUUGGUCUUUCUCAGCAUCUUCUGGAUAUUUAUGAUGCUCCUGUGUACAGAUCCAACCUGGAGCGUAUGCAGGGAUUUUUCACCACACUUUAUGACAACUGCUUCCAUGUCCUGGGAAAUGUCGGGCCAGCUCUGCAGCAGGACUUCUACACCAUCGAGAGGUUGGCUGAAGAAAUAACCGGCUCUGUUUUUGUCUCCCUUGAUCACGUGCCUGACCACAGACUUCGCCCAAUGAUUCGUGUGUUUCUGAAGCAGCUGGUGCUAUCAUGUCCUCAGGAGUACUACAACAGUCUACUCUGCCCCCUUCUGGGCCCUAUGUUCACCUACAUGCAGCAGAGACUCAACGGCAAAUGGCAGGUCAUCAACCAGAGGACCUCAGUAAAUGAUGAGGAUGAGGAGGUUUUGUGCCAUGAAAGCCAGGUGACACAGGAGAUGUUAGAGGAGCAGCUAGUGCGUCUGAUCACCAGGGAGGUACUGGAUCUCCUCAUUGUGUGUUGUAUCUCAAGAAAAGCACCUGAACCAGCAGCAAAUAAGGAGGAAGUAGAUGAUGAAGACAUGGUGAUGGAUUCGGUACAGACGGCACCUCCUGCUCAACCCACAGAGGAGCUGACAGAGCUGGGGAAAUGCCUGAUGAAGCACGAGAACAUCUACAUGAGUCUUUUGACUCUCUCCUUCACCUCAUUGUCAUGGAAGGACACUUUAAACUGUCACCGCACUGCUUCCAUGGUCUGCUGGACACUCCUGCAACAGGUGGUGGGGGGAAAUCUUCUUCCAGAGGCAGUCAUAUGGUUUUACACCAGCGUCCUUCAAGGCCUUCAGAUCCACGGGCAGCAUGAGGUCUGCAACUUUGCCCUCAUUCAACUGGCGAUGCUUAUCUAUGACAAUCUGCGCCCUCGCUACAUGGAGCUGCGAGUGGUGAUGACACAGAUCCCAAACAUCAAUGUUGAGGCUCUGGACCAGUACGAUCACAGGCUCAUGGACCCCAAUGGGCCCCAGAAGGUCGCACAGAAGAAGAGAAAAGACCAGUUUAAGAAGCUCAUUGCAGGAACUAUUGGGAAAGCUCUGUGCCAGCAGUUCAGGAAGGAGGUCCAUAUCCGGAAUCUUCCGUCGCUCUUUAAAAGGCCAAAGCCUGACAAAGAUAUAACGGACACUGAAGCACUGGGCUUGGCAGCUCUCUUCUCUCCAGAGAAUAACACCCUUUAGGAAGACACUGUGGGUCUAAUGGACUUCAUUCUGACUGAAGGCGUGAUAGCCAGGCCUGAGAGUGAGGAGUUCAGCAGGGUUUCCUUCACUUAUUAUCUGCCAGCAGGGGCAGUGCGGUGCUACCUAACAUAUCAGUCAACACUUCCUGUUUUCAAUAGAUUUAGAUCUUUUAUUUAAAACCUAACGGCACCUCUAAUACACUAAAUGAAUUAUCUUUCUUUGAGUGUUACAGGCCAGUAUCACACUCUAAAAUCAUUUUAUACAUUUCUUUUCCAUUCCCUGGCCCAUAGAAAUAAAAGCCAUGGUGAUACUUUGAAUUAAAGAAUUAUCAGCUUCUCUGUCGGAGACAUUCAGAAUGUAGACUUGCCAUAUCUGUGCAACCCUUAUUUCAUGGUCACCAAAAAUAACCUUUAUUUUGAUCAUUCCUUUAUGAAGUUGUUUCUCCUGCUUUAGUUUAUGGGCAAAAUUUGUCCAUUUAAGAAACAAGAGUCAAACUGAGACCCAAACUGAGUUUUGUAUUUUAAACAUACAAGAAGGAGUUUUUAAUUGGGUAUGAAACAGACUAACAUCAGUAAUGAGGUUUUUCACGAUCCACACAACAAACAGGCGAGUGGUGACUGUUUAUAUAUGACGCUGAUUUGAAUGUCUGUUACAGUGGCCACAAGGCCUGUGGCCUGCAAAGCAAUUUACAGUACACCAAUAUAACCUUUGUGUACAUUUUCCUCUGCUGAGAUUUGCAGACAGUUUUACUUUAUAAAGUUGAAGAAAGGAUGAAAAUCUUCUUUAGAGAAUAUAUAGUAUGUUGUGGACAGUAGUGACAAAGAUAUAGAGUGUGCUGCUUUGUCGACUGAGGCUGCCAAAAUCCACUCAAUAUAGAGUCCUUCACCUUAGCUUCAACAAAGAAAAACGCAGUACUACUACCAAAUCCAAACAAGUAACCCAGUAGAGAAGGUAGGAGUGUGUUGCUUGUUGAGAUUUCUUGGACCAAAUGUUUUUAUUAAUUUCAAGUGCUUGCAUGAGAAUUUUUUUUAAAUUUAACCUUUGUUUAUCCUGAUGAAGACCUGUUGAGAUCCAGAUCUCUUUUACAAUAGUGACCUGGCCAAGAGGUCAGCAGUGCACAACUGAUAAAUAAUUUAUAUUUAAGAGUUAAGUGUUGACAGAUAUGUUGUGUGACCACAGUGCUGCUGUCAGGGCUGAUAUACUCAACAGCCACUUCAUUAGGUAGACCUCUUCAACUGCUCAUUAAAGUAAAUGUCUUAUCAGCCAGUCACAUGGUAGCACCAGUGCACUUAGUUAUGUCGAUAUAACCUCUAGUUUAAGGCGAAUGUCAGAGUUGGGAUGACGGUUGAUUUAAGGCCGUGCUGUGAUUGUUGAUGGUCUGGAAAGCUUUUGUGUUUAUGCCCAGUUCUGCCCCUACCAUCUGAAUUUCAUUGAAGCCACUGAGACUCAACAGGCCAGGUUUUUCCAAUCUUGUUUUGUCCAAAUAUGGUGAGCCUUUGUGAAUUUUAGCCUCAGUUUCUUGUAGGAGUGGCAUCUGAUGUGGUCUCAGCAGAUCAUCCUGACCAUGUCUACAUUUCUAAAUGCUAUGUGAUUGGCUGAUUAGACAUUUGAAUUAAUAAGCAGUUGAAUCGGUAUACCCAAUGAAGUUACCAGUGGGUGUAAAUCCCAGGUCAAGACAAAAAGGAAUGCUUAAAUCUUGGUGCACUUUUCUCUAUUUACCAAAACUUUGUGUUGACUGGAUAAGCUUAUAUGCAGGUUCUGAUUGUGGGAGAAGUGGUAAUGGUACCUCAGUUGCGAUGUUCCCUACGAUGAGGUGAAGAAACUAUAGGGAAAAUUACUCUAAGGGAGAGCAGCCACAUUGUUUUUUUUCUUUAAUGAUUACAGUAGAUUAAAAUAUGAACAUCAGUUGUCCACCAUGCAGAUAUUGCACAGUAUUUAAGGGCAAUGGUUGUUUGUAUUUUGUCCUUCAUAUCAGCACAGUCUUGUGUUGUAAAUGAGUUGUAUAAUUCAGAGCACAUAUCAUACAUUAAAUAAAAGCCACAUUUAGU